AUGGUGAUAGAGGGGAGCAUUGAUGACGCGCAAUCUCACCUGUCUCAGGUUUCUUCUGGCUUUACAGCAAUCAACCAUGGGCCGGUACAUCGUGAACAGCUCUUGACGCCCGAAUCAUCGGCGGCUCCAUCAGUCCGGCCGAACCCAGCCUCGUCAAGGGCGAUCAGCAGCCCGCGACGGCGGCACAAUCCAAAUGUUGCUCGAUACCUCGGCUUGGGCAGCACCAUUGUGCCAGAUCAUCUCAAGAACUAUGCACCACGGCCAGAAAAACCAGACAGUCCAUCAGUCGAGUCUGGGCGAAAGCGUAUACGAAGGGCUGAUGACGAGAUUAUCCAGCGUAGCUCCUACACAAGGGAGCCUCCAGGCAGACCUGCAGCAUCGCCACUGGUACCUAGCCCAUACAGCGCUCAAUAUUCUCAAGCUACCUAUGAUUCAAAUGAUAGUACAUCCAUCAUGGACGAUCAGCCUUCGCCCCAGCCCUGCUUUGCUCAACCUGAAGUCUCGCACGUGACCCCGAUAAGCACUCUUGACUCAGAAACCGUACGAAUGAAUAUUCAAGACGCCGUGAAAGUACCACAUACUGAGAGUCCCUGCUUGUCACUACCUGAUCGAGGGGAAGGCCGUGUAAUCGGUAUAUGUCCGGAUACUGACGACAGUAACGUGCUUUGUCGAAACAAUGACGGCAUAAAUACCACCGGCGAUGAUUAUGAGUUCGACAUCACCGACGAUGAAUUACUCACUUUAACUAUGGACUUUGAUGAAACGUGUUCCGACGUUCCUCACAGCGUCUCAAGCUCACUGGCAAAGUCCUGUCCUAACGAUAACGAACAGAUGCACGCUAGUGAUGACUGUAGUGAAAAUGCACCUGAGGAAGCGCCUGCUAUCAACACCUCUCAGCACACUCGCAAGAAGUUUGUAUCUCCAGUUACUCUAACUACCCAUCUGUUGGCAGCCACUGGCGACGGGGGAUCUACAAAUGCUCGGACCCCGAUUGUCAGACCUGCGUUUCCGAAACCAGCUCGCGACCGCUCGCCUAUCAUAGGCCUUUCGUCGAAUGUAGUACUCAGGACAUGUUUCCGGAUCGGCGAAGCACUCAACCAAAGCCAUCAAGCAUCAAAGUCAGGGCAACAGAUGCUCAUCGAGCUGUAUGCCAGGGUACUUGCUUCGGAGCGAACUGAGAAACAGCAGAACUUUACCUUUUGCGACCUUUUCCACGCCAAGCCCCCUUACGUGAAGGGCCUCUACGAUGCAGUCAUAUGGAAGGCGGUGCCGUUGUUCGAAUAUGAUAGCAGACGGCUGCUACAGCAAGGACGAAUGUGUAGGUGCAUUGGAACGAUGAAGCGAAACGGAAAGGAGCGAUUUAUGGUCAUUCACAACAUAUGGGAGGCGACCUGGGAAGACAUCGAGUGGGUGGAGGGCAUCGUGAGCUUUUAG